AUGGACAAUACGAACGUUGUUGGAGCUGGGCAGGGGAUAGAGGCAAGAAAUGGCUUGUCACCCUCCCCCGUUGGUACCGAUCAAUAUGUAUUGUCCAUCGACCCGAAGAAGGGCUCUAUGCAUGUCAAUGGGGCGACACAGGUUAUGGAGGAUGGAGAAAAACAAGCGAAAACUACAUUGAGACUAAAUAAAGGGCCCCCGGAGUUGCCACACGUUACACAAGGUUUUUUUCCAUUCUCAAAGUUGGUCAAUAGGUCUGUACAGCAAUGCUGGAAUGAUCUCUCCGACUUGCUUGCAGAGCUGGCGGAUGUUCAGAUGCCAUCCCACGAUGCAAGUUCGUCCUCAUUGCCCACGAAUGGAAAAUUAUUUGUCAACCAGUCCUCAGAGAACAUACAGAAGAAGCUCCGGAUCUUAGAUUUUGUUCAUGCUAAACGAGCCGAAUUCAUCAAACUCCUGGUUCUGUCUCAAUGGAGUCGGCAGGCCGCUGGUGUCAGUAAGCUAAUUGACCUUCAAAACUUCAUUCGCACUCGUCAUCAGGCAUAUGUAGGGGCUCUGCAAUGGACUGGAGACAUGAAAAGAGACCUGGUUCAAGCUCAGGUGGCGAACCCAGAUCUGAAGACAGCUCUGGAAGUUUUGUCAAAGGCAAAAAUUGUUUCAAUGCCAGAUCUUGGAUACAAACCCCUAAGGCCCUUAACGGCUAAAUGUACUCUUAAAAAAUUGAAGAAAAUCGAUAAAAUCAUCGCCACAAGACUAACAUUAUGCGAUGUAAUUCCUCGUCCCUUCCAAACCUACCGUGUUCAUGACGGACGUGUCACAUUCAUUGUAUCCGGCGAGUUCGAACUAGAUCUUUCUAUCGGGAAGGAAGACGAAUCAUCUCAGUUUUACUUCGUUGACAUUCGCUUCCUCUUUCAUCCGUCGUCCUCGGUCCCCCAAGGCCGACUGUUCAAUGAACUUGAUAUCAAAGUCAACGACGUUCUUAGACAUAGCGGCUUGAUUGGGUGCUUUGAUAUGUUGCAUAACCUAGUACUGAUCAACAAAAUCAGCAUUCUUUUUAAGCAGGCCAUGGAACUGGCGAAAGGUCUUUGGUCAGAUGUCUUGCACAUUGAAUUAUUGCAUCGAACGCUGGUUGUACAUUAUUGGGCUCUCAAGCCUGGAAGUAAGAGCUGGGUUGAAAUAGGAAUCAAGAGCGGUCGACCAAAAUACCAAAGCCAUAGCCACAAGGUUCCAUACCUGGGGCUGCGCUGGAUGAGAGAUGGUCAAGAAGUCGAAAGUGGGGACAUUGAAUUCGAUACGGAGAACCUUUCUAUGGAAAAUAUUCUACGAAGUGUCCUUGCACUGCACAUCUCUCACAUAUUAUAUUCUGCGCAUAAAAUACUAAGCAAAAGCUUCGUCUUCGCUUCUGGCUUGCUGUCUUUGCGGUCUCAAUUGUCUGGAACCGAACCUGGAGAUUGUCAACUGGAUGUUCAACUCACCACCUCAAAGUAUCUCCGGGUCUCGAUCGAGCCAAUGUCGGGAUCACAUAUCUUGUCGGCUAGUCCCAGCACUUUAGUGCGAAUGGACAUUGAACGAAGCCAUGAUAGACAAUACGCUGAUGAUAUAGUCUCCCGUGUCUCACGAUUGCGUUGUAUUGCAGCCAUAGAAGAGAUCGAAUCCCAUGUUAAGAUGCUCGGUUUCGAAUCCGUCAAUCCGAGAGGGUUAAAGAUUGAUAUGCGCAAAGUUUUCCCAGCCAACGUUGUACGAUUUUCUUUUUUCUGGCAUCACUUCUGGGAACGUACCUGGGCUGUGGCGGUUACAAGUAGCAUGGACGGCGAUAACUGGUGGGUAGUUCAACUUCUGCCGCCCACAUCAGCAAAUAGUCAUUCAGCAUUCGACACAAGCGCCCAGAAUCAUUUCUCCCCUCGCUCGGCCCAGAUCAUUAGCAGUACGCUUUCCCCUGUGCAGCAGCCGAUUAACUGCACGUCUUCUGCAGACAUAGAGCAUUGCCUUUCUGGGAUACUGGCGGUUUAUGCGAAUGCGCGUUACCUCGCUGACGUACAGUCGAUCGAUUUCUAUCCAGUUUUGCAUAGAUUAAUGAUUGGAUCAAACCUCCAAGUUCCCGAUAUUUUCAUUCGAUACGACAUGCCAAAUAUUCCUCAGGCUCUUCAGUUAGCAUCACCGUCCAGAUUAAAGAAAGGGGGAUUGAUUAAAGAAACAAUUCGUGUUUCUUUUCAUGGAGUUGAUCCCCGCAAAAAAGCAGCCAUAAUGGUGGCAUAUGGCAGCUUACUGGUUCCCGCAAAGGUCUUCAAUAUAUUGCGCACUACGUGGGAUCACUCAGUAGUCUUUUCAAGAAGAGGCAAUGGCUUUGCUAUUCGCCUGCUUGCUCCAGCUGGCCGUCCUGUCAUGGCCAGCCUCUUAGAAAAAUUGCAGCGGUUAGAAUGUGUACUGUCUGUUCUCGAAGUUCUUCAACGCAAGAAGAUGUCCCCCCAGUCUUUGUCACUGUCUCAUGUUGCUUUCAAAUACGGCCCCGAGAAGGAUCUAUCUGCCAGCAUUGAUAUUGGACUUUCCUCACCGCUCUUCCAUGAAGACGCCAAGUCUGUCAAUGGCGUGUCGCAAACGGACCCUUUGUUCUGCUUGCGCCUAGGGAUCAACUUUGGCUGCUCAAAUCCUCAUCGUCGCAUUCAAAGGUCCCUUACAACAAUCUUAAAUCGUUCGUCUACGGACGCUGGUCUCGAUGCUGUUACGGAACUUCUCUCGCUCACACUUCCACUGUUGCAAGCUGUGGACGAAAUUAUGAAUAAUCCAUCUCACAAGGGGCCAUUAAAGGUGCAAGUGAUCGCCCGCAAUGCAAAAGCCUUUAUUAUUCACUAUCCAAUCCAAGAGCUGCGCUUUCAACUAGUAGCUAGCCAACACCUAGGCCACAUGGUAUGGACUCUUAGAGACAAAAGCAGCUCGCAUGACUUAUCAAACAAGGAGCUACGAAGCUCAGAUUCCUGGAAGAGGCUUUACAGUUCAAGGGGUGACGGCUGGAGGGGGCUCGGAAAUGGAGUAAUUGCAGAGGUCGACAAAAUUGGAAACCUUAUAUCAGAACUUGAUAGAUACUUUUCCAGCAGCAGUCGAGACCAUUUAGGACCGAAAAAUUCAGGCGCAGAUACCACAUCCAUCGGCUUGAGCAAUUCGGCUGAAUCUCAAACAGUUCAACUGGGGGGAGCUGAGGGAACAGAGAGCAUGUCUCAGGCAGGCCUAACGCCCACUACCAGAAUGAGCGGCGAGCAUAUGCAAUCCAUGGCCGGCCCUAUUCCACAAAACACAGACAUAAUUAUGAUCGAUUAA